AUGCUUUUCAAUCCCAAACCGCUAAAGGAUCCAGUCAACUUUAAAUUUCCACUGCAAUGCAUCUGGUUAAAGCUGAAUGGCUCCUGGCCAGUAAAUUCGAAAACCUCGAGUUCAUUUAAAAAUUAUUGUCGUUUUUUAUAUAGUCUGUGGGCGUGGUAUGUGGUGGCUAUGGUUGGCAUAACCAUCGGUUUUCAAAGUGCUUUUCUCGCGAAAUCGUUCGGUGAUAUUAUGGUUACCUCGGAGAAUGGCUGCACCACCUUCAUGGGUGUGCUGAAUUUCGUGCGUCUGCUGCAUUUACGACUACAUCAGCGGGAUUUUCAUCAAUUGAUUGCGCAAUUCGUUAAGGAUAUUUGGAUAACGAAAUCUACACAUCCCGCCGUGGAGCAGUCUUGUGCGCGCACGAUGCGUGUAUUUCAAGUAAUCUCUGUUCUGCAAUCCUGUCUCAUUACCAUGUACUGCAUACUGCCGCUCGUCGAACUUUAUAUGCUGAACGCCAAUUUGGAUCAAGAGAGUUUGGCGCACAUCGAUAAACCCUUUCCGUAUAAAAUGCUAUUCCCCUACGAUGCCAAUCAUGGUUGGCGUUAUGCGCUCACCUAUUUAUUCACAGCUUGGGCUGGUGUCUGCGUGGUGACCACACUGUUCGCCGAGGAUUCAUUGUUCGGCUUCUUUGUCACCUACACUUGUGGCCAAUUUCGUAUUCUACACACCCAGAUCGAUAAUAUCAUACCAGCAGCGUAUGCAGCGACGCGCGCUGGCCGUGGCACGGAAGCCGAUUAUCAACGGGAAUGUGUACGACGGCUGGACAAGAUUGCUGGCAAGCAUAGCAUAUUAUUUAACUUCGUUAGUCGCAUGGAAGAGUUCUUCAGUCCAAUUUUCCUUGUGAAUUUUUUAAUUUCAACGGUUUUAAUUUGCAUGGUGGGCUUUCAAUUGGUGACGGGUAACAACAUGUUUAUUGGGGAUUAUGUGAAGUUUUUGGUUUAUAUCCUCUCUUCACUCUCACAACUCUUUGUACUUUGCUGGAAUGGUGACAAAAUUAUUCAAAAUUCUCUCGAGAUGGCUAAUCAUUUGUACGCCUGCAACUGGGAAUCUGAUAUCGUUUUAACUAAUACUCAUACAAAUAACAAUCAACAGAUGAAAAAUCCAACAAGAAUCAUUUACUAUUCAACUGGUGCAGUUUUUCGUAAAAAUUUACAAUUUAUGAUAAUGCGCAGUCAACGGCAAACAUGCAUAACAGCAAUGAAGUUUUCAAUAUUGUCAUUGAGCAGCUUUUCGGGUUUAAUGAGUUCAUCGAUGAGCUAUUUCGCACUUUUGCAAAGUUUCUACGAGGACGAAGAGAACUGAACUUAGUGGCAGUGAUU